UGCCAUUCCUGGUCUACUACUGUCAGUGAUGCCAAGGGUCGUUCCUUCGCCCAGUGAUCACAAAUGAUUUUUCACUAUUGAUACACAAGAAUUGUCAGAGUUUUCACUUGAAACUUGAUUAGUCGCAAGUCAUGAUUCAUUGUACUCAAUGAGUGGGGAUGAGUUCGUUCAUAUAAGAAUCCAGGAUACGAAAGAUUUUCUGAUAAAGUAGUAACAUACAUCAAAAACCAAGUGGUCAACUCGCUGUCAAAAUCGGCAUUCAGGAUGAUUGCCGAAGUGGAGAUCAAUGUUCUUGAUGAACUUCCCAAACUGACGAUGAAAAAUGGAAUAAUUAAAGCAGAAACUUAUCCAUACAGACAAGAUGAGAAUAAUAUAGGUAAGCUUUUGCUCACGGGAAUGAGGAAGAAUCCCAAACUAGUAAAUCAGGUUGAUGCAGAAACGGGGAAGGAGGAUACAUUCGGAGAAAUAGCGGAUAGGACUGUGAAAUGUGCUCUCUGGCUACUGAGUCAAGGUGUUAAACCCGGUGAUGUGGUUGCAAUAUGCACGCAUAAUCAUAUUGAUGCUGUAAUUCCGGUUGUGGCAUGUUUAUGCAUUGGUGCUAUCUUCAAUCCUUGGUGGGAUCACGGCUUGAAUAGAGAUACAGCCAAGCAUUUCAUGGCUCUCACAACUCCAAAGGUUCUCUUCACCGAUGAAAAAUACACAGAACUAGUUUCUGACGUGGCACGUGAUCUCAAAAUCCGCUUCCAAAUAGUCGUAUUUGGCCGCAGCACCAAAUUCGAAUCCUUUGACGACAUCAUUCGAAAAUAUAAGCCUUCGGAUGUUGAGAGUUUUCAGUGCACUAAGCUCUCUAGUAUGAGCGAACCAGCCUAUAUCGAGUACACCUCAGGCUCCACCGGGCUACCGAAAGGUGCACUUCAUUCUCAUAAAUCUCUCUUUGGAAAUGUAAUGAAUGCAGGCACAUUUGGUGGCUGCAAUAAUGUUGUUCUCUGCUACUCAAACUUGUGCUGGAUUACUGGUGUUCUCUGCACACUGUCUUCCAUUGCUCAUUUUCAAAAGAGGAUUAUUGCCAAGGCUUUCACCCCGGAAAAUUUAUGUGAACUCGUGGAGAAAUAUAAGAUAACAUGGAUAUUGACUGGCACGAGUGCAGCAAAUAGGCUCCUCAAGUCCGGCGUGCUGUCGAAAUACGAUCUGUCGUCUAUAAAAUCAGUUUGGAUCGGUGGCGCCGUAUUCAAGCAAGAUGCUCAAGAUGCUCUUCAAACAGCACUCCCGGGAGCAUACAUCAUACAACUCUACGGGACUACGGAAUCGGGAGGAGUUUCCAUACAUCAAACGAAAAUGGCUAAACCGAAUUCUGUUGGCACACUCGCCAGGUGGUUUGAAAUGAAAGUUAUCGAUCCUGAGAGCGGAAGAAUAUUGGGUGUUAACGAGAAGGGAGAGCUCUGCGUUAAAUCUCCUUUUAUGAUGACUGGAUACUACAAGAAUCCAGAGAAGACGAAAGAAAUCAUUAAAGCUGACGGUUGGCUGCACACGGGUGAUCAAGCUUAUUAUGACAACGAUGGGGCUGUUUAUAUCAUAGACAGGCUGAAGGAACUGAUUAAAUGGAGGGGACACCAUGUGUCACCCUCGGUAAUCGAGCAGAUCAUCAUGACAUAUCCUGGAGUAACAGAGGCUGGAGUUGUUGGAGUACCUGACUGGGAGGACGACGAGAGACCGAUUGCUUUCAUCGCAAAAUCACCAGAAGUAAAGAUAACUGAAAACGACAUAAAAAAAUUCGUCGAGGACAAUUUGCCAGAGCAGAUGUGGUUACGAGCGGGUGUACGAAUUCUAGACCAAAUGCCUCACACAGCAUCUGGGAAAAUAGCGCGCACGGCAUUAAAGGAGAUGGCUAAAGAAUUCAUUCGUGACUCACUAAUUACAUCGAGGGAAGGGAGCAAAUUCUAUGAUAUUUCCAGAGUCCCUCUGUUCCUUUACACAAAGACGGAAUUUGGAUUGGCCCUAAGGUCACCCUAUCGCCCGAUUAUUUUCGACUUGGUGAGAAAUUGUACGAAGUACUUGAAAAAUACCCCAAAUUCAUCGGACAGGUACAUCAAUACUCGAUCCAAAGCUUUAUUGAUGAAGGCGUGGGUGCUCAUAACAGCGCAAUCGACAUUUUUUUUUUUAUUGAUGAUCCAGAUCGAUGCCACAACAAUGGAGGAGGACACGUACAAUGCAAUGUUAGACAGAAGCGUACGAUGUGCAAUAUGGUUGAAAAAACAAGGAGUUCAACCUGGAGAUGUCAUUGGUUACUGCUCGAAAAACAACCUCGAUUCUUUUGCUCCGGUGUGCGCUUCGCUCUAUAUCGCCGCAAUUUUCAAUCCAUGGUGGGACAACUGUUUGGACGGGGAUAUUAUCAGAUAUUUCAUUGAGCUUGCAAAGCCCAAAGUCAUAUUUGCUGAUGAAGUAUCAGCGAAAAUGAUUUUAAACUCCAUAAAUUACACUGGCACUGGACCGAAAAUAGUGGUUUUCGGUGAAUAUCACGGUUUGGAUUCCUUCAGGGACGUUAUAACAACCAUUAACUCAGAGGACAUAGCAAAUUUUCAAUGCACUAAACUCAAAUCACCUCACGAUCCUGCCGUGAUUAUGUACACAUCAGGAACAACGGGCAAACCAAAGGGAGCUCUUUACUCAAACGGAUCUUUCACAAAUAUGGUCGGAGUUUUUCCUCAUUACGAGGGAAAAAAAGUCGGCCUCUGGUUUGCUACCCUCUGCUGGAUAAGCGGAACAGGAGCUCUCAUCAGGUCCCUUAUUCUCAAAUCCACGUCCAUCAUCCAUAAUUGCGGAAGUGAGGAAGAAGCUUGCAGGAUAACAGAGAAGUUUGGGGUAACGUGGCUGACAAUGGGUACGGCUUUUGCAAAUCGUCUCUACAAAACUGACGCCGUGUGGGGAUAUGAUUUGUCAUCCAUUCAUCGAGUAACUGUCGGUGGAGGAGUUCUGAAAUCAGAAGUUGCUGUGUUCUUGAGGAAGUUGUUCUCAACUGCUUCUAUUUUAUCGGUUUAUGGAACUACUGAAAUAGGAGCUGCCACCGCCGGACUCAUAACUGACGAAAAAACAACAAUAACCGGCAAAGUCACCCAGAAUUAUGAGAUAAAAGUAGUCGAUCUCGAUACCCAAGAAAUUCUCGGGCCGCAUCAGGAGGGAGAACUCUACGUGAGAGGCGCAGCUCGGAUGCUUUGUUAUUGGAAUAAUCCAGAAGCUACAGCAGAAGCUAUCGAUUCUGAAGGAUGGUACCACACGGGGGACGUAGGCCAUUACGACGAAGAUGGUGAUUUCUAUAUUACGGAGAGGAUCAAGGAGCUCAUAAAAUAUAGGCUUUAUCAUGUGCCGCCGGCGGCCAUUGAGAGUGUUAUACAGGAGCAUCCAGAGAUAGCUGAAGUUGGUGUUGUAGGUAAACCUGAUAAUAAUGACCUGGAACAACCUCUGGCUUUUGUCACCAGACGACCCGGUGCUAAGGUGACGGAAAACGAAAUCACGGAGCUAGUUGCUAAUAAAUUGCACGAUUGGAUGAAGCUACGGGGUGGAGUUUGCUUUUUGGAAGAAAUGCCUCACACAGCUUCGGGAAAAAUUGCUAAGAGACAACUGCGUGCCUUCGCCAGAGCUAUGACAUGAUACAGAUAAUAAUGUAAACUUUUGUUACAUAAUAAUAAAUGAUUCAUGUGGCAAUGA